AUGCCGAAGAAAAAGACCGGUCAGCGAAAGAAAGCGGAGAAACAGAAGCUUCGGCAGAAGGAAAUCCGCAACCGGGAAUUUCAGCUACCCGAGCAACCAUGCAACGUUGCAAUGGACUGCGAGAAGUGUGGCAAGAAACAGAAGUCCAGAGCAUUUUGCUACUUCUGCCAAAGCCUUCAGAGACUGCCGAUUUGUGCUCAGUGCGGGAAGCAGAAAUGCAUGCUCAAAACCGGUGACUGUGUGGUGAAGCAUGCGGGUGUGUUUACCACUGGCCUACAGAUGGUUGGUGCAAUCUGUGACCAUUGCGAGGCGUGGAUAUGCCAUGGAAGAAAGUGUCUCCAGUCGCAUGCCUGCACCUGUCCGCUGAUGGACGCGGUGUGCAUCGAGUGCGAGCGUGGCGUAUGGGAUCACGGUGGACGAAUGUUUAAGUGCAGCUUCUGCAACAAUUUUCUUUGCGAAGACGACCAGUUUGAACAUCAGGCCUCGUGCCAGGUACUGGAAUCAGAAUCGUACAAGUGCCAAUCGUGCAACAAGCUGGGACAGUACUCAUGCUUACGGUGCAAAACGUGCUACUGCGACGACCAUAUCCGCCGGAAAGGGUUCAAGUAUGAUAAGAACAAACCGAUACCGUGUCCGAAGUGUAACUAUGAGACAAGUCAGACGAAGGAUCUCAGCAUGUCGGUUCGCAGUCAUAAGUAUGGACGCAAACGGCUUGAUGACGAUGGAGAGGAUGAUGAUUAUGCGUAUGAUGAUGAGUACAUGGCUUACCGCACCAGUCACGAUCAUUACAACGAGGUUUCGGGAGGGUCAUCGGAUGAUGACUACGAAGAUGAUGACGACGACGACGAUGAUGACGACGAAGACGAUGAUGACGAGGAUGAGGAAGGCGAAGAGGAAGUCACCGAAGGCAAAUCGGCCCAAGGAACAUCCUCAAGCACCUCGUCAAAGGCGCAAAAGUAG